GGGCUUUUCGAUACUUACUUGUUCGUCUGACUAUUGUGGGAAUGUGGAAUCUAUCUAGUAUUUACCCUACCCAUGAUCAGUUCAAAGCAUCGUCGUCUUGCUUUCUCUGCUUUGAUCUCGUCAUCGGCUUCUUUCUGCUGCACCCUAAGAUUUGGCAGGUACCUGUUGCUGGAGACUUACACUUGGCGGAGAACCAAUUAUGGAUGCAAGUGAUUGGAGAGCUGCAAUACGUCCUGCUCUUCGUAAGAGAACUGUCCGAAAAAUAAUGAAAGCAGUGUACCGAUAUAAGCAUCUUGAUGGUGAGGAUGGCAUGCAAGAACUUGAAAAAUUUUCUCAAAGUUUUGAACAGAAGACUUUUGCUGGCGCAACAAACCUGUCAGAUUAUUUGCAGCAAAUAACUUCGAAGGAGGUUUCAAUGAAGAGGAAAAUGCAAGAAGAGGCGUACCAAAAGAUUGUAAUGUUGAAGGAAAUGUACUUGCCAGAUAUGGAAAAACUCUACCAGGAAGUGCUCAAUAAAAUUCAGCGGGUUGAAUCACAUACGCAGCAAGCAGACUCGCACACGAGUCAGAAGCUGAAAAGAGUCAAAACAGAGUAUGAGCGUGAGAUAGCAAUUCUCAAGGUUUCUGAGAGCGACAUUUCUCCUUCCUUGAGCAAAAAUCUACCUGUAUAUCAGGAGCGGAUAAUGGACAAUGUAAAUGCAUACAAGCGGAAAAGGGACAAUGCAUGCAAGCGAAAAAGGAACAAUGCAAAUGCAUACAGGUGGGGAUUCUGGACAGCUGACGCAGAUUCGUCUGGAUCAUCAUCAUCUACAACCAUUGCGGUUAUUUGGAACUGAUUGAGAUGUAGAAAAUAACAGCAAGAGGAUUCUCCUAUAAGCUCGCAUGAACCAUGGUGAGGAGUAUAGAAAUCAAUAGGGAAUUUAGAGAAGACCACCGUUACCAAGAUAUCGUAGGAGAUGUUAGAAGGCUUAUUGCUAGAUGCAGGACUGUUUUUAUUAUUUUCAAAUAGAAGGACAGAUUGCAGAGGUUUGAUGCUCUUGCUAAAUUCUGACACUAAAUGUUGCAUUCUCUUUGCAUCUAUGAUCUUCUUUUUGCAUCUUUGAUCA